AAUCUUUUUAAUAAGUAUUAUAAAUGAAUCUUGGGUAUUCAUAAAUGAAAUAUCGAUAUAUAAUACAAGUAAUCAAGUUACAUCGAUUAACGCAAAAACCACUUGAUAUUUCAAUGAAAAUAUUUGUAUGUACAAUAAUAAUUUGUCGGUAUUUGAAAUAUAUACGGCCAGUAUUUAUAAUAAACCCAGACGCGACCCAGACGCGACCUAGAUAUCCAGACGCAACCCUGACACUUAAUUAUUUAUACUGACCACUUAUUUUACAAAAAGAAAAAAAAAAGAAAGAAAGAAAAGAAUACUUAUCAUUGAUUAAAUAAAAAUACUGACUAAACGAUUUUUAUUUAUAGAAAAUAUUCAUUUAUAUAUCACAUUCGUUUUACGGUACUCUUGUGUAUUUGGGAUAAGAAUAGGAUGAUAAAGAUUUAAAGGAGUCGUAGGAACGAACGAUUUGAAAUAAACUUCGUGAUAACAAAUACACAGAAGAAAGAAAAAAAAAAGAAAGAAAAAAAAGAGAGAAAUAAAGAAAAGAAACAGGCAAACGACCUAACAAAUUAAGCAGACUCUUACGUUUAUAAGGGAUAAAGAAAAUAUAAAUAAGAACGUCUUUUUCGAUCUACGACGUCGAUGACAGUCCUUUUUGACCCUUAUAAGACUAACGUAAUAAACAUUGAUAGAAUGACCUUUAACGUGAUAAGAAACAAAAUGUGUAAUAAAGCACGAAUGAAAAUGCGAUCGCACACAUGCGAUGUUCGUCGGUACGUACGCGCACACGUAUCAAAUUAUUUACGUACCAAGACGCAUGUAAGAUGCAUGGUGAAUCAGAAUCGGAUCGGUGCGGCACGAUGCGACGGUUUAUGCGUCGCGGUUCCUCUCCGCAAUCGGCCGGCACUGCUGUCCACAGCCUCUACGCCGUUAGACGACGCUUCUCGCAGAUCGAUUCCAGCGAAAUUAGUGGAAGGACGGACGCGAUUUUUCGCUUAUUUUCGUUUCCUAUAUUAUAUUCAUAAAGUGAGCAUGUCUAGAAGAAAAAUCGGUGGAGAUAGACAAUUUGACAACGUGGAUUACACACAGCUGACUGAAACUGACAAUGGCUUUAUAGAUUCACAGUUUGUGAAUCCACCGGUGAAAAUACCAUGGAAAGCCAUCAUGCUAGCUGCUCUUUUAUUUGUGGGAGGAACUGUUUUGCUUAUAACGGGAAGCUUGAUCAUCAGCGGGCACAUUGAUUGCAAAGUAAAAUUUCCUUUUAUUCAUCUAAAUGUCUUUAUUCUGAUCGAAUAUGGCCUGUGAUUAUUCUAGGAGCAUUGAUGUUUAUACCUGGAGCAUACCAUAUGAGAGUUGCUAUUUUAGCUUAUCAAAAAGUACCUGGUUAUUCCUUUGAUGAUAUACCUGAAUUUGAUUAA